AUGAGUCCUCCGCUUCCAGAUGUGUAUGCGCCGGGAACAAGGAUCACCGUGGGCUCCCACCAGGCCAGAGUUGUUAAAUACCUCACCAGCGGUGGUUUUGCGCAUAUCUAUUCUGCAGAAAUCUCGCCGCCCGAUCCGAGUUGCCCGAGUAAUGUUGCAUGUCUAAAGCGAGUAUUGGUACCUGACAAGGCAAGUUUGAACACCCUACGUGCCGAGGUGGACGCAAUGAAGCUUCUUCGCAACAAUCGAUACGUGGUGUCCUACAUUGAUUCGCAUGCUGCAAAAUCUCCGUUCCAAAAUGGCACCUACGAAGUUUUUUUAUUGAUGGAAUACUGUGCCGGUGGAGGUCUGAUAGACUUUAUGAACACUCGACUACAAGACAGACUAAAAGAAUUCGAAGUCUUAAAAAUUAUGAGCGAAAUCUCCCAGGGUAUUGCUGCGAUGCAUGCCCUUCAGCCGCCCUUAGUUCACAGAGAUAUAAAAAUUGAAAAUGUCCUGAUCUCCAAAGAAGGUGAAUUUAAGGUUUGUGAUUUCGGUUCGGUUUGCGGUGUUAUCAGACCACCCAAAAACCAGGAAGAAUUCACGUAUGUACAGCAUGAUAUUAUGAAGAAUACUACCGCUCAAUAUCGAUCACCAGAAAUGAUCGACUUAUACAGAGGUCAAUCAAUCAAUGAAAAAUCAGAUAUUUGGGCACUAGGUGUACUACUUUACAAAUUGUGUUACUAUACUACCCCCUUUGAAAAAGGUGGUGAAAUCGCCAUUCUGCAUUCUAGAUAUCAGUUUCCUGCAUACCCGCAAUAUAGCGACAGAUUGAAGAAUCUUAUCGGGGUCAUGUUACGUGAGGAUCCCGCACAAAGACCAAACAUAUGUCAAGUUCUAGAGGAAGUAUCACGUAUUCAAGGCGUUCAAUGUCCCCUGCGCAACUUUUAUUUGGUCAGAGCCAUGCAACAGCAAAAUUCUGAUCUACACCCUUCUGUCAGUCAAUCUCAGCUACCGAUGACUUUAGCGCAUCCUAUGAUCCCUUCUGUCGAUAUUCAUGGGGGUCAGGCACCUUUAAGACCUGCCAAAUCUUUUAAUAGUGACGGUGUGUUGACUGCACGUCAACCUGUAAUUAUACCUCAAGGCAUUCAAACAAUGAACUCAAAUGUUUCUACAGAUCCCUUCUUAAAUUUAGACAAAACCAAGUUGCUUACGCCUAACAUUCCAAAACUACCUGCUGGCCCGGAGCUCAGCUAUAACAAUCAUAUUGUCAAAAGUCAAACAUUCCCAUCUAUGGCAGCGGGUGCAUUCUUGCGAAGAUCAGCUAGUCCAGUCUUGGCUGGUAGAGGAGAUAUUUCGAAAAUUGUCACAGCAAACCAAACUUCGGCUAGUCCCUCAACUUUAUAUGUUGACUCGGGUACCCAAACAUAUGAUGAAACAGAGAAACUCAGUAGGAGUGUAUCCAGACCUUUGUCAAAUCGGUCCAUAUCCUCUGCAUCCUCCGGUGGAUCAAUUGAAGUUCAAGGAACUGGCGGUAGCAUCAGACGAAGGCUAAGCCACAAGUUGAAGAAGAUAAUCACCGGUGAAAGGAGAUCAUCCUCGCCCAUUAAGUCCAGGCAAAAUACUGGAGACAGUGUUAGAUCUACAUUUACAUCUUUGCGUAGAGGAUUAUCGGGUAGUAAUUUUACUAGUGAUACCUCGAAUAAAAGAAAUUCUAUGGACAUUACUGGUGGUAUGGUAGGUUCCAAUAGUUAUAAGUUCCGUGUUUCUUCGUCCGAUUCUAUCGAAGAAGAGGUCAGUCUUCAAAGAGCUUCAAGGGAGAGACAUAAAAGAAGUGAAAGCACCACAUCGAUUGUUUCGGAUUUUGAAACAUAUGAGAGGGACAACGGAACGGAGGUAGAAGACUAUUAUAGGUCACAUUCCCCCAUAAAAAUGUCUUCAAAUAAAGAUUCCAAGAGCUCAAUUCAAAAGCGGGUGCAGGACUUACUUCAAAAUUCUAAUGAAAGUCCAAAAAAGAAGUCGGGUCAGAGUUAUAGCAAGAAAUUUGGCGGGAAAGAUAACGGGAUUGAGAGGCAAACAACAAACGAAACACUUGUUUCCAAAGGUGACUAUUCCAAUCUAUCAACUCCAAAAGUUCUGUCACCUGCCAAGCGCCAAUCUAGCGUUCUAGUCACACCAAUGAAAUCUCAGCAGAGCGCAAGCAAGAAAAAACCUGUUCCGCCACCCAAACCAGCCCAUCUAAGACCAAAAAAACCUCCAAAACCAUCUCAUUUGAAAAGCGGGAAGUUCUCAACUCCAAAGAAGGAAGCACUCGCCUCACCAGAAUCGGUUAUCAGUGUCGAUGUUGAUGACCUAGAAGAGGACUUUAGGAGAAGAUUUCCUAGUGCUUUAUAG